AUGACCAAUAACGAGGAAACGGAACAAAGUCCGUUCAAGCUCCCCGAACGUACCAUCAAUUUAAAUGAAAAUCAGUACACUACAGCGCAGUUAGUUAGUAAUUCAUUAAAACUCGUCAAUGAUGACUCAUUUAAACCAAUUCAUAAACCUCGUAACCAACAGCUACAAGGAAUCGAUCAGAAUAAUGAAAACACAACGGAUACUACAAACGUUCAUCCAAUUAAUUCGCCUGCACGGUCAAUAAGACGUAUGCAUUCUGACGACUUAGAUGAUGAUUUCAUCAGAGUUACAUACAAGAAAAAAAGAAAUUCAAACGGUGGUACCCAUAAUAGCCUUCAUGCAACUACGUCAAAUAUUCAUGAUCAACCUUCAAGCAGCAACGUUAUUAAUGCCAAGGGGCAUUCAAAUUCUUAUCAGAGAACAAUUGUCAAUUCGAACCUACGACAACCACAACCAAAACAUACAACAAAUGUAUCAACUCAACAAGACAUCUCAUCAGCCGCAACUCGAUACGCACAAACCAGGUAUCCAUUUCCACCAUUUAUAAUAAGAUUUCCGUUAAAAAACAUCAAUGAUAAACAUGUAGCCGAAGAAAUAAGUCUACACUUCAAACAGCAGCAUCAACUAGAUCUUUCGUUUCUCAACUAUCGAAGCUCGCAAGCCAAAUGUUUAGAAAAUGAACAAGAUGUGUUACUUUAUGUUAAAGAUGUUGAAUCAUUCACAAACUUAUUAGAUUAUAAAAAGUGGCCAAUAACAUUAGAUAACAACAGCUUUACUGUUCCAUCUACCCCAUCGAUACCACCUCAACUAUCGCUUAUCAUAAAAAAUGUUGACCUACGUAUCAAUAUAAAUGAAUUCACUGAACAUAUAAAACUUCAAUUUCCUGAAGUAAAAAAUGUUAUAAGACUUAAAAAUAAAAUGCAACAAGAAAUACGAUAUAUCAAAAUUGAAUUCAUCUCUUAUCUUGCUCGUAAUGAAAUGCUUAAGAAAGGAAGAAUUAACAUUGAUUAUAGGACAUAUGAUAUUGAAGAAUAUCUAGCACCUGCCGGUGUCCUCAUCUGCAGCAAAUGCUGUGGAAUAGGGCAUUUCAAGCGCCAGUGCACACAAGAUGCCAUUACAUGUAAAUUAUGUGGACAAACGUAUACCGAUGUUAAACAACAUACAUGCACCAACGUACCAAAAUGCGUGCACUGUGACGGUGCACAUGAAUCUAAUGCUACCAACUGA